UCCCGCCUCCCGGCCGCAUCCGGCGCGGACGCCAUGGUGCGGUUCAAGCACAGGUACCUUCUGUGCGAGCUGGUGUCGGAGGACGCGCGCUGCCGCCUGAGCCUGGACGACCGCGUGCUGGGCGGCCUCGUCCGCGACACGAUCGCCCGGGUGCACGGGACCUUCGGCGCCGCCGCCUGCUCCGUGGGCUUUGCAGUCCGGUACCUCAAUGCCUACACUGGGGUAGUGCUACUUCGAUGCCGGAAGGACUUCUACCAGCUCGUGUGGUCAGCUCUCCCUUUCAUCACAUAUCUGGAGAGCAAAGGACACCGUUACCCGUGUUUUUUCAACACACUGCACGUGGGAGGUACAAUUAGAACCUGUCAGAAGUUCCUGAUUCAGUACAACCGGAGACAGCUGUUGAUCUUGUUGCAGAACUGCACUGAUGAAGGGGAACGGGAAGCCAUUAAGAAGUCUGUCUCCAGAAGCUGUCUACUGGAGAAAGAGCCAGCCGAAGAGCUUUCAGACAGUGUUGGUGAGGAGGCUAUGGAAGCAGUAGAGUGACCCGGUUUCCAGGCCACUUGUGGGACCAGGAAAUUGUGGGAGUUGGCAGCAGCACCCCACAGCUCUGCAAACGGACUACCAACCAGAGCCAGGCGACCAUCUUGAAAUGGAAGGCUUGCUGCCUUUACCAUCCAUGGUCCUGAAGGCUCUGUACACUCUUUUAUAUGUAACUGCUGAACUGAGUGGGUAAAAUAAAAUAUUCUUGGCUUCCAGA